AAGGAGGAGGCGGCUGAAGGCUCUUACCGUGUCGGUAAUGCACAGCGGACCCUCAUCAUUGGACUGAGAGGAAGUAGGAGCGCUGUGAGGUAGGACAAGAAGGGAUAUAAAGGAUUGAGGGGAGUCCACCACACGGGGACUCGAUGAGGCUUAAUAAAGGGCAAAGCUCACCUUUGCUGGACGGUGUUGUAAAGCAAGAGAAACCAGAAGUCAAGAAGAACACCUAAAAGGGUCACCACGAGGGUUCCCACUUUUGGGACCACCCUGAACCCAGGCUGCCAGCCCAGCCCACCGCGAGCCAGGUGAACGGCCUCCACCUCCCCUGCCGCUGCAGGACCUGCUCUUCCAUGAACUUGCCCAGAGCUGAACUCCUUCGCUCCACACCGCCGCGCAGCCUCCGGGGCUCCGACGGGGAAGACGGUGAGAUCGAUAUCCUGGGAGAGGAGGAAGAUGAAGACUACGAGCAGGAAGAGGAAGACGAGGAGGCCGGGGGGAGCCAGCAGUUCCUGGAGCAGCCGGAGCAGCAGGGGGCGCGGCGGGGCGCGAGCGCGCUUCCGGGCGAGCUCACCGUGAGCGGCGACCGCCCGAGCGACUCCCCUGAGUUUGGCACCAAGUUCAGGGCCCCGACGGGGUCUGCGGAGGCCUCCGGGGACGCCCCACCGCCGGCGAAGCCCCCCUACUCCUACAUCGCACUCAUCACCAUGGCCAUCCUGCAGAGUCCGCACAAGCGCCUCACUCUCAGCGGCAUCUGCGCCUUCAUCAGCGGCCGCUUCCCCUACUACCGCCGCAAGUUCCCCGCCUGGCAGAACAGCAUCCGCCACAACCUCUCGCUCAACGACUGCUUCGUCAAGAUCCCCCGCGAGCCUGGCCACCCGGGCAAGGGCAACUACUGGAGCCUGGACCCUGCCUCCCAGGACAUGUUCGACAACGGCAGCUUCCUCCGGCGCAGGAAACGCUUCAAGCGCCCCCACGCGCCCCCAGGAGCCCACCUGCACCACCCCUGCGCCCUGCCCGCGGCACCAGCCGCCCUGCACGGCCCCUACCCAGGCCUGCUGCUCGGGCCGCCAGCCCCGUCGCAGCCUGUCCCGGGGGCCUACCCCACCGCCGUCCCCGGGAGUCGCCAGUUCGCGCUGCUGCACCCUCACCCCCUUCGCUACCUGCUCCUGUCCGCCCCGGCCUACGGUGAGGCGCCGAGUAAAGCGCAGGGCGCGGAUCUGGGGACCGCCGGCGCCCUUCCGGCGUUUCAGUCUUCAAAGGGCUCCCAGCCGUGGGAGGAGGGCAAGGUGCCCGCGUCGCGGCCGGGAGGCGGAUGCAUUUCCUUCAGCAUCGAGAGUAUCAUGCAAGGGGUCCGAGGAGGGAGUACAGGGGACGCGCAGAGUCAGCCCACGAUCCCGUGGGGCUACUGCCACCUCCUGCAGCGCCCGUCUGGCCUGUUGAGCUCCCAGGCCGCUGCCCCCUUGCUCCACGUGUCCGCCGCAAACGCUGCCCGGACGAUGUUGCAACAGCAACAGCAACAGCAGCAGCAGCAGCAGCAGCAGCAGCAGCAGCAAGACUGUGCCAACAAAGGCUCGUUGCUAAGCAGGCACCUGUCGGCCGCCGCGGCGCUGCAGGGGUGUCAACCGGGAGCAGAGGACUCUAGGCUGAAGUCGGGCGGAGAGGGGACCUCGCCGGCCUUUUGAGGAGCACCCACACCCUGCCCUGGCACCAGCUCCGCAGGGCGGACCUGGAGCCAAGCUGGAGAGCUGAGCGAGCGGGAUCCCGCACUCCCCGCCCCGACCUUGCGCACACUGGACUACGGUGGUCGUGUGCAUCGCCAUCCCGCAGCAGAGCAACAACCAAUUUCGGUUCGCCGCGCAAUAUUUACAAAGGAAAAGUUACAUUCUGUUCCCUUAAGACAAUCUGAAAAUAAACUUCCGAUGACGUCACGUCUCACCUUUUCUUUUCCAGUCUCCAGUGUGGCUUCCAGGGCUUGCCCGAUUUGUUCAUUUCCACAGGAACUAUGAACGUGAGUGGGGCAUUUUGGUAGUAAAAGAAAAAAAGAAGAUACAGUGUCCAACGCACAUGGUUCCCCUUCUUCACUCCCAAGGAACUGCAAGUAUUAUUCCCAAAUCCAGUGCAAAAUGCUCAUGCCCUUUAUGUCUUCCUGAAAGCGAUGUGUAACAUAAGAAUUUUAAUUUCAGAGCAUUUAUUUCUGAUCUGUGUGUCUGAUGUGCCAAC